GCCAUUUCCUUUUAUUCCUCGAUUCUAAGUCGCAACUAUAAGAAGGAAUAAAAACCACCGUGGUUCCAGCUUCCGCAAUUCACUGUAUUCAAGAACCUCCCAAAACUCCUGCAAAACCCUAACAUUGAAACACAAACACUCAAAGAUUGUCAUGAAUCCCCUCCAUAUGCAUGAUUAAAGAGGCUCUUCAAUUCUUCUCCCACCAUUUGAAGAGAAAUACUUCUCCCCACUCUACCACUUUGAACAAGUACUUGCACUGCCUCUCUCGCUCCAGCUGCAGUGAUCUCUCUCUUAAGCUUCUCCUCUACUUCAUUUCCAAAGGGUACACUCCUCAUCCUUUUUCUGUCAAUUCAGUUAUCUCAUAUUUGUGCAAUCUGGGCCAUCUUAAUUCUGCCCAGAACCUGGCGAAUUCACUUUUUCGCCUUGGUUUUUCCCUGGAUAUAGUCACCUAUACUGCCCUCAUUGAUGGGCAUUUGCGUAAUUCGGACGUUGCUAAUGCUUGUUUGACAAUGAAGGAAAUUGUUUGUAAUGAUAAUAUUGUGCCUGAUGUGGUUACUUUUAAUGUGCUAUUUAGAAGGUUUUCCAAGGAUGGAAUGGUAAAAGAGUUGCUUGCUUACAUGAGUUUGAUGUGGAAAGUUUGCAUGCCUAAUGAUGUUACUUACUGUAAUUUGAUUGAUAUGUAUUGUAAGAUGGGUGAUUUGGAUAUGGGUCUUAGGGUGUUCAAGGACAUGACAAAAGGUGGGGUUUUGCCCAAAUUUCUUGUCUUUACUUCCUUGAUUGAUGCGUAUUGUAGGGUUGGUGAUUUGGAAGUGGCAUUUAAUUUGUACAAGGAUAUGCACGCGUGUUCAGUUUUGCCGAAUGUGGUUACUUAUGUGGCUUUGAUUGACGGGUUCUGCAAGCAGGGGAUGUUGCAGAGGGCUGAGCAUUUAUUUAGGAAAAUGUUGAAAGAUGGGCUGUUACCUAAUUCUGUUGUUUAUACUUUGAUUAUUGAUGGGCAUUUUAAGAGAGGCAAUGUGGAUAGGGCGCUUGAGUAUUUAUCUGAGAUGCUUGCUAGGGGCAUUAGACUUGAUAUAGUGACUUAUGGGGCUCUUAUACAAGGGCUUUGUGCUGGGAAUAAACUGGAAAGCGCAGUUGAGGUUAAGGAACAUAUGGUGAAGAACAGAUUGGCACCUGAUAAUAUCAUAUUUUCUACACUUAUGCGUGCAUAUUUCAAGGCAGGGAAUUUGAAAGCAGCACUAGAUGAGUACAAGGAAUCGUUAGCACAAGGGUUUGAGCCUGACAUUGUGACUCUAACAACAUUGAUAGAUGGCCUCUGCAAGCAUGGGCAUCUGAAUGAGGCAAAAGGACAUUUCAGUAAAAGUAAAGCUAAUGAAGUUGUAUACAGUGCUCUUAUUGAUGGCAUGUGCAAAGAAGGAGAAUUUAGUCAAGUUCAGAUGCUUUGCAAGGAUAUGGCAGAGGCAGGCAUUGUUCCUGACAAGUAUAUUUAUACCUCUUGGAUUGCAGGGUUAUGCAAGCAAGGGGAUUUGGUUGAAGCUUUCAGGCUCAAGAACAAGAUGAUUAAAGAGGGCAUUAUUCCUGAUUUGUUGACCUAUAGCUCUUUGAUUUUUGGGUUGACAAAUAAAGGCCUCAUGAUUGAAGCAAAGCAAGUCUUUAAUGACAUGUUGGAGAAAGGAAUAACUCCUGAUUAUGUAGUUUAUGAUAUCCUAGUUAGAGGAUACACUGUGCAGGAUGACACUGUUAGGAUUUCACAAUUGCAGGAUGAGAUGACAAAGAGAGGUCUUAUCAAGGAAACAACUGAUGUGGACAUUAGAAAGCUAUAAUUUUUUUUUAUGGCAAUUGCUAACUUGCAUUUGUCAAAUGAAAGCUCAUCUUGGAGCUUCCUUUGGAACAAUUUUAAUAGAUUAUGUGGGAGUCUUAUGCUUCUGAUCAAGAUAUCCACAUGAAAAGAGGUGAAAGGCAUUUUUGUACACAUGAAUUCUGGAAAAGGCAAUUACUUGGCCUUGCAACUUCUUGUGUACACUAUUUUUGAAAGGCAUUUUUUUACAAAUGAAUUCUGGAUAGCAAUUACUCGCCUGUACAACUUCAUAUGUACACUACUAUUGCCAUUUAGUUAUCCAUGUUGUAAGUUGUAACCAAUAUGCUACAGAAGUCAAAAAAGUUUCCUUUUCAAUUCGGCAGUACCCAAACUUGCAUAUUAUUCUCACGUGACUCUUUUAACACAAAUACGUGGCCACUGCUACAACUAUUCCAGUAACUCGUUCAAUACUGAGAUGAGUGGGAACUUCCCUAAAUCAUGCCGCCAUCUUCAAAAUUCGUUGGUAAUCCACUGAUCUAUACACAGUGAUACUCGCUACUUCUCACCACAGCUUCAAAUAGUAAUGCUGUUGCCCACUUAAAUGAGUUCCAAAUUACCCUAAAUUUUGGUGUGAAAUAUUCUUGUCUGCGUGCAUGACGAGGAACUUCAUGACAUCUCUAGGAACUCUCAAAGUAAGACAGGAUGUUUUUAGCUAUUUGAGGGUAUGGCUUUAAUUGUCAUUAAGAGAAGUAGCAAUGAUUGAAGGGAAGCUUGAAGAGCUUUCUUCGCACCAGCAGCUUAUGUAGUAGUCUGCCUUACUUAUACACAAAUAUCGACCAGGAUAACCGAUGCGGUAUGAGGUUCUUAUAGACCCGUUACAUAUAUUUUGCUUAAGUCAAAUAAGCCUUAUUUUUGAACUACUGGAAUGUGACUUGAUCUAUGAAUGGUAGUGUUCAAGUUUUUUUCCCUUGAACUGAUUGGCUAUUAGCAGCCAGUUGAUCUAUUAGAAGGUAACAAUGUGCCCCCCUCAAAGCAAGGUAACAAUAGUCAUUUGGGGGGAAAGAAUGGAAAAA